UCCGGGUCUGCCAAACAGGAAACGUGUUCUGCAACAGUAUUUUUCUUGCUUCAUAUCAACUUAUGCACACACUAGUCAUAUAAAAUAGAUAUGGCUGCGUCAAAUUAUUCCUUGAAGGUGAACAGGGAGCUGUUGGACCCCAACUUUGAGAGCUACAGGUUAUCUCUGGACUCCAUACCGACGUACAACGUUGAGCUGGAUGCUGCCGUGGAGGAGGUGAAGUUGAAGGAUACUCAGUACACCCUGGAACAUAUGCGUGCUUUUGGCAUGUACAAUUACCUCCACUUAGACCCUUGGUACGAAGACAGUGUUUUGUUUGUGGACUGCAAAGGAAGAGUUCUCAGUCUAACCGUCACUCUGAACAGCUUUUCCAACUUGGGAAAUGAGACCCUGAUUUGUUGUGUGUUGGUUCUGUCCUGGCAGCCGCUGUUCCUUGAGGACACGGGGGAGCCUUUCAGCCUCCUCCACAGCAUCUCUCAUGUCCAGGAGGGAGUCCACUCCAUGGAGGUGCUGCUGCUCCGCAUCCAGAAGGAGCCGCAGGAAACCAAGGGGAGCGGGUUCUGCGUGUCUCUGGAGUGGAUCACAGUCGCCAACAGUGCGGGACAAGGUCAGGAGAAGAAGUACGAGGUGAAGAAGAGGAGGGUCCUCAAUGGGAAGACGGUGCCUCACUAUGCAGCGGUGGAGCCGAAGGGGAAGGGGCUCAUGGUGGCCUCGGAGAAACCGUUCGCCUUCACUCAUGUGGACGGGCUCCCAGUGCAGCUGCCAGACCCCGAGCCCAUGGAGGUGGAGAAGACAGGUGGCCUGGAGCUGACCCUGCAGAAGCGUGAAGAGGGCCCGAUGUGGUCGGAGCUGGUGAUGGGGGACAAGAGAGGGGAGUACGUGAUGAGCGACGAGCAGGCUGCCCUCAUCCACGAGAGGCUGACCUUCCUCACCUCUGAAGACAUGAAUGGAAACCCUGACAAGGACAAGCCCCCGUGCAACUCCCAGGAGCUGGAGGACUGUGAUGGCUUCCCAGAAGACGGCUCCAGUCUCACACACUUUGAUGGAGAAUCACUCAAGCCCUCUCAGGUGUACUCUGCUGGAUACCUGAUGCUCUCUGCCUAUAAGAGAACGUUUUUAUCCAGCCGCUCUAUUGAGCAAGCCAGCUCACUACCUUGA